AUGUCCAGCUUUAGAAUUUUUGGUAUGCUCAUCGAGGACUCAAAACCGUCUUGAAGGAAAGAAUGCUAAUAGAAGUUAAUAGGAAAUCCCAUCUUCUGUACAGACCAUCACCCGACCUCAUACCAAAUCUCUUCCUCUCUUUCAACCGACCUCAGAACGUUCCCUAGAAUAGCUAUCCGUAUCUCGAUCUCGACCCUUCUACAUCUUCGGUGCCUCAACAAUGGUCCGAGAAAUCACACCUCUUCAACAAGCGUAUCUCGACGUCUACGUCUCCGCCUGUGCCUUAGUGCCUCAUAACCUCCGCCAAACUGUCAUCUUUUUGGUUGUGCCGCGAGCAUCGCCCAUGGUAUCCUAGACCGGAGAGCCAAAGACGUUGAAAUAUUCGGGAGGGCUUUUACAGGGACACCGAUGGGUCCAUUAAGUGGGACAAGUUGGAUUCCCUGAACGACAAACUCUCCAAGGUCACCGUCGAACUCGUUGAGUUGGGAGGUCCAUUUGUACCACGGAUUCCAGAGGUUUUCAGUUUUGGGAAAGGGUAUGUUGUUACCCUCGUGGAACUCGUGCGUUUGCGGGCGUCUACGCUUUUUAAUAGGGGUGAUGAGUCGGACCACGUUGACUUCGGACUUCUCCUCUCCUGGGCAUCAAAUUUGGGACUCAAACUGCCCCCCAUUGGAGAGGAAGAAGGGAAGUUAAUGUUUGAGGCAGUGAUGAUGUAUGAGGGAUCUCUAGAUGCGGAGAGGCUGUUCAUAGAUGUUCUGGGGUUGUUUGAGCUGAGAGGGGUUUGGUAUGAUGGUUGGAUGGGUUAUGUACAGGAGAUGGGAUUCAAAGCAGUUUUAUAA